AUGGACUCAAACAUAUUGAAAACAAAUUCUUCCUAUCUGUACCAUCUGGGAAAAUUUCUGGAGCCUGCGGUUGGGUACAAUUCCCACUGGCUACUGUGCUGGCGGGCUACAUUGCACGGCUGGGAUGUCCGUACACAGUUUCACAGACGCUGCGAUGGAAAAAGAGACACAGCUACCAUAAUAAAAAAGGGUAAAUACGUUUUUGGAGGUUACACGGACAUUCCUUGGGGUAAGUAAAUUGCUUGCUCAGUUUAAAAGCAAAUAGCAAUAAAACGUAAAGUUGAGCCAGACCAGUCUUCUUAACAAUUGUUACUGCUGUAAGAACUAGGGAGGCUGGUUGUUACGUAUUAACGAUUCUGUAAAAUUUAGGAUAUGUUGAAUGUCUAUCAUACCGGUUCCUGGAGAGAAAAUACAUGGGCCAUGAUAGUAUUCACUCAAAGUUUACUAGUCUGCUACACAGGACACCAAACUGUGACAUCCACGGGCAUUUUUGUGUGAUUUUUAGUAAAAUAGCUAUUCUUACCAACUCGAGUACGCUGACUUCGAAAAUUACUGUUGCCAAUCUCAAGCUUUUGUGAAGGUGGAGUUUUGGGGCAUUUCAUUAUGACAUCACUGUCCAAAAAAGAAGUUUUCUUUCCUUCCCUAAUUAUAAAAUUUAAUAGAUCCAGAAAUGGUCUCAAUUUUAAAGACCAUUUAGAGAAUUUAUGAAACGCUGUUUCUGCGAAUUUCGAGGCGUCACAUGACAAUUGACCACACCCUUUGAUAUAAAUUUCACACAAUUAUGGCUAAAGAUGUGAUAUUUAUCGCGAUAAUUUUACUGAGAUAAUUAAAAAGUAUAUUAAAAUAAGCCAUUCUUUGAUUGCACGUGCUCUUGGCAAUUAUUGAAAAACCUUCCCAUUCUUGCACAUUUCUUCUCACUAAAUACGUUACAAGACCAAGGCAACUUUGAAAGGUAAGUUCAAAUAGUUUAGGAUAGGCGGACUGCUUAAUAAAAUGUAGGAGUAUGGAGACAUCUAAAAAGAAAAGGAGCUGCAGCGACUCUCUCAGUAUAGACGCUGAGGAGUGGCUUUCCACAAGGACCGAUGAGAAAUGUGCAAAGCUGCUAGAUGCACAAAGGCACGGAAAAGAAUUUUUGAUGAACAAAAUAAAGAGACAAUAAAAAGAGAAAGCGUAAGAGAUAUAACCACUCCUAGGGCUUUCCACAAGUUGCUCGGCAACUUUUUGGCAACUUCUCGUACUUCGAGCAACUUCUCGAGUUCUCUUCUAAUUCUGAGAUAUCGGAGCAGCUUUUAGUGCUUCAAAUUGGCCUUUCUUCCAUAUUUCACAAUGUUUAACUAAACAAUUUCUGAAUUUCCUGUAAAAAAAAUGGAACCAAAUCCUCCCUCCUGGGGCAGAUCAUGGGCGCAAGAUAAAAGUAACCGGGCUGCUAGGUCAGCUGUUUUUAGAGAACAUUCAAAAUGGUGGACGAAGAUUGACACUCGACUGACUUGUGUCUCGGGUGAAGAAGGUCAUAUCAACAUUUUUAUUGGCUGGUUAGACUUUUUGGUUUUUUUUUAGGACAAAGUUAUUUAGCAACACUGGUUACGCUGCAAAUUGCACAAAGUGCUUAGAAAUUUUACUUUUGUUGUACAAGUUGCAUAUUUUAGAAUCAGACCAAAGAAAAGUUUUCGUUCUUUUUCGAGCAAUUUUUAAGCAACUCUCGUUACAAAAAGCAACUUUUCUUUGUUUUUUGAGCAACUUUUGAGAAAUUACGGGAAACGUUUUGUAAAAUCUCGAGCAGCUUGUGGAAAACCUAACCACUCAUAACUCACUUCGCCUCACAACGGCACAGAAAUUUGUUAUCGUGACGUCAUACACAAAGUGAAAAUUGAGCUUUUGUGGGAAAAGCUAUUAAAUAGGGACCUUAAGAUCUGACGACGGCGACGGCAACGGGAACGCAACAAAAGCAAUAGGUUUAAUUAGCAAAACAACAGUUUUGCACGUGCAUCACGCUUUUUUGUACAUUUCUUUGCCGUCACUGCACGACUACGACGUGAAAAUGCCUAAUUUCACGAUGUACAGAAGAAGUACACAAGCGACGUCGAAAUUUCCUCUCUCUUACUGAACUUGGAUAUGGUUCUUAGGAAUUCAACUUUAGGAGGGUUCGCCUACAUUUGACAAAGUUAGUGACUUGCAAUAAUCUCGAUGAAGAUUGGAAGAACGCGAAUUCACUUUUCAGCGACGUUUUUUCUGCCGUCGCCGUCCUAGGUCUUAAGGUCCCUAAUAAUCCCCCCUAACGCAGAAAAAAAGUAUUUCUUUUGACAACGAGGCGGCCUCCACUUCAUUAAAAGGGCAAGUAGCACGAAGUAGUAGGAGAAGUGUCGCACCUGUACAAUGGAGUCUUUCUGUACUUUGCCAAAAAUUCGAAAACACCGAGAGGCGCUCAAAUCAUUUACAUCAUUCAAUGUAAGCAAUUCAGUUCCAGCAAUUAAAUCAUCUUAUCUCGAUUUAACCUGAAUUUCAGACGAUUACUUCGAGUCGUUUUUACUUCCUCAGUAGGGUCUAAAUUGACUGGCCGCUAAUACCGUCCAGUGACGUCACUACUCAUUCCUAAGUCAUGCAAAAAGUAAAACACGAUUUUCAACCGGCAAACAAAGAAAUAUCGUCUGGAAAUGUCUACAUGAUACAGAAGUGCUUUACUCUUUUUGAAUGUAAUUCAUAUUUAACGUUUAAACUGUCAACUGCAUGCAGUACUCUGAACGAAGUUGUACGUUUAAUUCAAUACUCAAACUCGAUCGCAAUCACGCAGAUAAAACAAGCUCAUUAAAAUACACACACGGAACACUUCAAAAACACAACGAUUUGCUUUAAAAAAAGAAGCUAUUUGGUGCUUAACGAAGAAGAAAAAAAAAACAAGAAAAAAAAGUUAAACAGAAUCAUUACACUCGACGGUGGAAAUUAAAAGACUUAAAUCCCAGAAAUUUUCGCUUUCGAACUUUUUUAACUUCACGCAAACAUGCCAGGCAUCCGACCCAGCAAUCCCGCUAAAAUUUCUCGUAACUAUACAUAAUUCUGCGAAUGUUUGGACAAGAAUCAACCAAUCAAACACUACCCGGUUUUCGGGUAGUGACGUCACACUGGAGGGGAUUAGCGGCCGGUCGAUUCAGACGUUGCUAACAGAGUAAAAAAGGACUCGAAGUAAUCGUCUGAAAUUCAGGCUAAUCUGGAUAAUGCACUAAAAUUCCGCCUAGCUGAGGUAAGCGAUCUCAUUGCAGCAAAGGGCCGGGAAGGUACAAAAAGUGUCUGAGCACUUAGUACCAGACUGGCAAAAAGAAAGAGGAAUCUCAACAGGCAGUUAUCGUUAUGAUUUUAUCUGCUUUGAGCUCGGCCACUAUACUGCAGUGCGUAAACCAAAUACUCCAGCUAUCUGACGUAUGGCCGGGAUAUAAUAAGCUAGCCCAAAAAACCAAUACAAACAUAUCGCAGUCAUCUAUCAACAGGAAAGCAUCACGAGAAAAGUUGGAGACUUGUUCGAAUUCUUAAGCACUGAUAUGGGGGAUUACAUCAUACAAGUUAUGAUGUACGCUCCUAGUUAACGCUGUUAGUAGAUCUACUGCACCAGGCGGGCCAUAUACAGCUACAACAGCCAAAUCCUUAAGUUGGACCCCUCACUGGGGCAAGAUACAGUCUGUUCUUGAAAGAGAUAAAUGGCACCGUUGUCCUAACUGGUUCUAAACCCGGACAACUUCCUGAUGCAGUUCACUACUAAUAACAUUCACAUCAACCAUUCGUUACUAGGUGGAAAGGACACUUUCCACGAAACACAGGUACCUGGUUGACAAAGAGGCCCAAAUAAAACAAAACAUUUAGCAAGCUUGAGGCCCAAAGUGAAUUGUGAAAUAACUAGGAUUCAACAUUGCACAAGAAAAACAAAAAGUUGUAUAUGUAUUCCUAAGUACAUUACAAAAAAAUAAUUGCUGUCUUUACACUAGGCCGUUAAGUAAGACUUAAGAGCUGCUAAGUUUUACUUAACCAAAAAUUCGUGUGUGAAGGCCUAAGUAAAAUCUCAAGUAACUUUACUUUGCAUUUCAUUAAAGUUGGAAAGUUGAAACGAUUCAAGAAAGUUUUAAGCGACUUGAAAAGCAUCCUUAAAACCGACUUCGCUGACUUGCGGUUACUUGCGGUUUCUUGGGGUGUUUACCAUUUGACAGAAAAAUCUGGCUGGGGUGUCGAAAGCAUAAUGGUAAGCGAUUUACCAGUUUACCGUAGAGUUGCCACAUCCGUUAAGGUUUGAAUCCAAAAAGGGGGCGAAUGCGUCUGGAACCGAGAAAUUGGUAGAUGGUAAGCAACAGUGCGUUUGGUUUGUACCAACUGGAAUGAACGGACUACCUCAUGAUCAAAACGUACUCCUCAAUUUUUGGUUGGAAUUUCCGAAAAGUGACCUUACCAUUUACCAUCCAUCCGCAAUUUCCGAAAUUUUCUGUCAAAUGGUAAGCACCCUUGAGGUUUGAGAAAGGCGAAACACGUCAAUCAAUCAUAAUUAUGUUGCAUGGGAAAAUAGCCUUAAGUUAACCUGAAGUAAAAAAGAAUCGGUUGUGUGUGAAGCUUUAUUUUACUUGAAGUAAUUAAAAUUUGCUACUCUUGAAAUAUUUCUUAGCUUAUUUAGGCUCUAGUGUAAAGACUACCAAUGUGAUAAAUAUACAAGUGAUAAGGUGA